AUGCUGAGGGUGGUGUUGCCGCCGCCGCCGCCGAGGCCCGACAUAACAACGGAGGAGGAGGAGGAGGAGGGGGCUGGGGGUCAAAGGUCUUCGAAAGGGUGGGCGGGAAAAGGGAGGGGGGAAACGAGGAGGAGGAGGAGGGAGUGGACGGCGCGAGAGGCGAGGCGGUGACGGAGGCCCGAACAGUGGCCGGCGAGGGACAAUCCUGUCAGGAGCCCUGUCAGGAGGCGAGGGAGGGAGAGGGCUCGCUCGCGGGGUUUGAAGGAAAACAAGCCGCGCGGGCCGACGGGAGAUGUAGUCUUGGCGAGAGGACCGGGGCGGAGGCGGGCACGCGCGGCAAGGGCGUCGGGGCUACAAAUCCCAGAAGGCGCAGCGGCGGGGAGAAGGCGCCCUCUCCCGCCCAGAAGAGGAGGGGGCUUCCGCUCCGGGGCUGGCGACGCUGCGGGGAGGCUGCCGCGGUGCAUGAUGGGCGGCGGCGCCAAGCGGGGAGGGGGAGGCCGGGAAGAGGCCGAGACAUCCGGGUCCUCGCGCGUUCAGCCCUCGUGUGAAUGCGCCAACCCGUUAACGCGCCCAGCUCCCGCGUUGGCCCAUUGAGAGGCGGCCAGGGAGAGCCCUAACCCCGACCCCGUUCUGAGGCCCGGCCCACAUGUCACGGAAGGGCGGCAGUGUGGUAUAACGGUUAGAGUGUCGGGCUAAGGACCUGGGUUCGAAUCCCCACUCGGCCGUGGGAGUCACUGGGUGGCCGUGGGCCCUUCACUGCCUCUCGACCUAACCUACCUCGCAGGGUGGUUGUUAGGAUGACACGUGGAGGAGGGGGAGAACCAGGGGCGCCACCUGGAGAUCAUUGGGGGGGGGAAGGUGGGAUAUAAAUGCAAUAAACAAAGGAAUUAGGGAGGAAGAGAGAGAUAAGCAGCACCGCAGCAGCAAACGCGUCGGACUCCCCCUUGCUGCGAACCACGGCUGGUCCUGCGUUCGAAUCCUGCUUGCGGGUAAGGGCAUCUCUGGGGGGCUGCUUGCUGCAAGGAUAGGAGGACGGGGCCUCGCUUGGCCUCAUCCAGCUGCCGAGCUCUUCCUAAGGCCUUAUGGAGCCUCCCAGUCCAGGGGCAGCCUUUCUGCACCCCCAGGUUCUUAGAAUCAUUGUACAGUUUAUUAUAUGAAGUCCGUGAAGCCUACAAAGCUUAUCACUUGGAAGCGUGCAUGCGUGUAUGUUGGGCACGGGUGUGGUUGGGGGUGUACCGAGAAAUCGUUUGCAACGUUUGCAGGGAUAUUGGAAAACUGCUGCAAUGAGUUAUAUGGAAACUCAGCUAGGGGGACUAACGAUAAUUAAAUUGGAAUUUUAACAGUUAGGAUAUAUGUUUGUUCGCUUGUCUUUUUUAUAUUGUAAUGUUUUUUAUGUUUGUUAUAAAUUCGGAAAAUUAACUAAAAUUAACUAUUGGGGGGGGAUGAAAUGUUUGCAGGGAUUGUAACGGUUUUCCACGGGAGAGCCGAGGCAAAGAUCGGUUUUGCAGGGUUUUGCAGAGAUGUCACCAUGCAAAACAGUUACAAUCACUGCAAAACCGUCUCUGCCUCAGCUCUCCCCCCACCCCCCUCGCAGCCACAGCUCAACAGCCUGCAAAGUAGCAAGCUCCUCAGACGCUGCAAAAAACAUCGAGGGGGUUAUUUAUUUCAGAGUAGUGGGGUGGGGGGAAAUCUUGCCCUGCCCCACCUCUGUGCAUGUGUUGCGCAUGUUAAGGUGGGUAAGAUGCUGCCUAGCUGCCUCUCGAGACAUGAAGUUCUUGCUCAAGAGUAAAAGAGCAGAUCGCUAUGCCCUUAAAGCCAAACCCUACCUUUCUCUUCUGCCUUGCCUUCCCUUUCCCAGACAUGAGGUUAUUGCUUUUGUGUCCUAAUGGGGUAAAUGGAAGGAAGAAGAUUUAACUGGCUGCUUUAUGCUCUCCUAUGGGAGAGGGCUGCAUGGCCAUCUAUCACGGCUGCUUGAGUUGAGGUUCCUUCAUUGCAGGGGGUUGGACUAGAUGACCCUCAGAGGUCCCUUCCAACUCUGAUUCUGUGAUCAUCCCAAAGGUGAUGCAAGUAUUCCCUGUGCUGUGUACUGCCUGGAAAGCUUCAGUUUCCCGUGUGCUCUGAAAUGGCUCAGUCCUUGCUUUUAUGUGCUGUAUUGCUCUUUUAAAAAAAUAGAAAGAAUUAUGGGUUCUUUGACUAUGAAAAAAUAUAUACGGAUAAUAGAUUUUCUUUUAGUUUGUCCUAGAUUUCCAAAGUCCUAUAAGUUGCUCAAAUUGUUAGGCAAUUGGGCAUCUUUUAUUUUUAGACCCCUUAUCGAUCAACUAAAUUACAUGGUUUCUUUUCAUCUUUUAAAUAUAUGGGACACGCCUAACAGUUUUAAAGAUGAAAAGGAUUCAAAUAAAACUUCCCCCCAAAUGCAAGUGGGAGCAAUUGGUAAACAAAACAAAUACACCCCAAGGCUGCAAUCCUAAAUAGUUAUUAAGGAAUUGGCCCCAUUUGAACACAGUGGUACUUAAGAAUGAAAAACUUUAAAAGCCUUAAACCCAGUGAGGAACCUAGGAUUAAGUUUCAUGUAGCUGUAGAAUGAUCUGCUUCACUCAAAUUUUUCAGUGCAACUAAUGGGAAUAUUUGUUUAGCUAUUUUUAAAAGUGCUGACUAUGUUUGAUGGACACAUCUAUCUUUAGGCAAGAAGAGGAAAAUAGAGGAAAUGGAUGUGAAACAAGAAUGUCUUGGUACCGCUGACCUGGUGGUUUAUGGGCUCGCAUAGGAAACGUCCGAGCGCGAACUGGAGGAGUUCUUCAGCAGAUUUGGAGCAGUUCUCAAGAGUCCAGGUAUCUGGCGUAACUACCCUUCCAUGAGCCAUGACUAGCCAAAGCAUCAAAAUGUAACUGCUGUUUGUUGUGGUUUCUUAAGAGAUAUUGCUUCACCCACUGCAAGAACUGUUGAAGUUACCCAAAAAUAAAUAAAUAAAUAACCAUAAAAAGUGGUAUCCGAGCCUGGUAUAGGGAACAGAAAUUUCUUUUUGGGAACAGGAUUGUUGAGAUACCAUUUGCUGCCCUCGGACUUUUGUCUUUCUUGGCGCUGGGACUAAGUGGCUGUGGUUCACUUAACUCAUAAUGGAAACAAGCCUUCGCUUGAGGGCCACUGAAGCAAGGGACUGGGACUGAGCAACCGCAUCUGUGUCAGAAUUCAGCUCAAUUUGUGGUCUUAGUCCAUUUCAGUAUUGACUUUGGUCAGUGAAGUCAUUGUGGUAAAAAAAGGAAGAGUUCUGACCUUUUCAUGCUGGUAGCUGGGGCUGUUUGUCUAAAUCUGAGUCGAGAGAGAGAGAAAGAACCCUGAAAGUUACAUGGCUGAGCUGGUUUCUCAGCAGAAUUCAUGGAGCGGCCCUCUCUCCAUUCUCUCCCUCUGUUGCAGCCAGACAGAAUGGACAGAGGAGCCUGGUCUCUAGGCUGCAGCUGUUAGCAAGGGAAGAUGAUGAAAGCAGGAUGAAACCUUCCGCUGAAAAUCAUCAAACAUUAUUUUUCGCACUGCUUCAUUUUGAAAUUCAACCCAUGGAAUAGCUGGGUAGAAUUGGUACGCAAUUGGUAGUGCAAUGCCAUUGUUGUUACAGCCAUUUCAUCUCUUCUCCUGACCCUAGGUGAUGACUGAUCCAGCCAGUCGAAGCGGAUCGGUCUGGUGA